AUGCUCGAGUCUGCAAGACCGCUGCCGCGACCGUCGACAGGUCAGGCUAUGAGACAGUGGGUGGGCAAUCGACAAGUAGAGUCGCGCACUCCAGGCUACCCUUACUUGAGCAUGCGUUCCGCCAAGGCAAAGAACAGCAGUCGGCCACUGAUCUCCGCUCCGACCGAUUUCCGCCACAUAGACGGCAGCGGCACGCAUGCGCCUAUGACCAUGCCCGCUCCGGUUUCCCGCCAGGUUCAAGCCGACACCCAGCCUGGACCGACGCUUCGCAGGAAACCAAGCUUCCGUCCGUUGCAGCUCUCCAUCUACAUGCCCGAGCAGCAACUAUCCCCUCUCCCGGAUUUCAUGAGGAACAGCUGGGACAAGCAACCGUCAGCACUGCCAUUCCCUGGUCAAGCGCACGUCCGGAACAGGACAGACUCGAUGUGCUCGGAACCCGCCUUCAUGGUGCCCAGAAAACCCAUCCCAUCCUAUGUUGAUGGCUCCUUCGGCGACUACGAUGACGCGAGGACCAUCGACAUUCCGCUCCGCGCGGUCAAGAGGUCCAGCACCAUGCCCAUUCCCGACAGGCCCAAGACGAUCAACGCCGAUCUCUGCUCUUACGAACGCAACACCGACUCACCUCUUCCAAUCUCGGGCCCCUCUUCUCCGCGUAUGCGGUCAAACACGGAGCCUAUUAGCUCAUCCCGCAGUCUCCGUAAGCGGCCGUCGUACAGGACACCACGUGAUAGUGUCGAGGACGCCAUCAGCGAGCUCAACUCGAUUGUCGAGGAACAGCGCGCGAAGAAGCUCGCGUCGAACUCUCCGAAGCAGCACCACGUCCCGGCUCUUGCCCCCAACUUCAAGAUGCAUGUCCGCUCCGAGACUCUGUCGGACAUUGGCUCUGCACUUUCGGUCCCCUUCACCACCAAGCCACUUCCUUCCAUCCCGCCCUCGCCCGUUGUUGACAACGAGGACUCUCCUGCCAUGCCAUCGCUCACCAACUCUCAAACCGACCUCCUUAUUCGCUUUCCCACCCCGCCCGCCUCGACCAGCGCCAGUCGUAUCAACACCCCGAAGUCGCGCCUUGCGACCUUCAUGCAGCGCCGCCGGAACAAUGCUUCGGUUGACACGCUCCGCACUUACACCUCCUCGAAGCUCACCCACUCUCGCACCGCCACCGACGAUACCCUGAACUCUUUCGCCUCUUCUGUCACCGCUACUUCUGCCAGUGACUUUUACCACGCUCCCGCUAUUGCCGCUCUUCAGUCCGACACCUCAUCGCGUCCUUAUGCCUCGCCAUCCCUCGCUUCUACAACCGCCACUUGUCCUACCAACUCCACGCUUUCUCUUCCUGAUACCAUCUCAACGGUCCGCGACGUUCUCUAUCAGGACGAGGAUGACGAUGACGACUCAGACGCCCGCAGCUCUACACCCGAUACGACUGUAUCCGCUGCCACCUCGCCGGUUCCGGAGCGCGUAAACACUCGCAACCUGAGUGUGCCGAGUUUCGGUAUUGCGUUGGAGAUGCGUGAGAGGCAGGGCAAGAGUUGGAGCGCUGUCGUGGAGGGUCUCGAUGACAAGAAGAUUGAGAGUGGCGAAGGGAUCCCGAAGCCGCCCCAGUAUGUCGAUCUCGACUACGAAGAAGCACGACGUGGACGGACCAGGCAGAGCGGAGUUGGCAUUGCAUUCUAG